AUGGCCAAGAGUUCUCGUGCCAGUACCAGGAAGGCCAACAACCAGAGGCUCAAGAAGAAUGUCUUCGGCCCCAUCGAGUCCGAGCGAGCUCAACGCUUGUCAGCAAAGCUGCUUGAGCUCGCGUCACAGCCCAAGCCUGUGAAAGAGGCUGAGAUGGUUGAUAUUGCCGAGGUUGAUGAUUCAGCAGAAACGGCCCAAAAGGCCCAGAAGGAUAAUGAAGACGAGGACAUGGAGAUCGACUCAGCUUCAAAGGGCAAAGCUUCCACUGGCUCCAAGCCCGGCAAGAAGAGGAUAGAGAAACGCCGGGUCAAGAAGUCGUCCAUUGUGUUCCCCAAAUACAAGGACAGGCGCGGCCAGAAGAAGUCCAAAUGA